GCUGCGGGCGGAGGAGGCGGUUCCUGGAGAGCCCUGCCUGCUCUCUCUCUCUCACAUUCCUGGCUACGAUUCAAUGACUGAGCCAGACACAAACACGGUAACGCUCGCGCGCACACAUAUAUAGAAUGCGUGCGUGAGAGGCGCGUGCGUGAGAGGCACACACAGAGAGAGAGAGGGGGAGAGAGAGAGAGAGAGAGGGAGCGAGCGGGUGGACUGUUCACGGACUCACAGUCACAGUGUGAGAGCAGAGCAAGACACGGCGGACAGCGGGAGCGCCUCCUGGAACACGGAUACUACCUUUUACCGAGCGGAACUUUUCUUUGGCUUUAUGUUCGGAUUACGCGCCGGGGGAAUGGACAGUCGGCGAGGCGCACAGAGCGACUGGCCACUGUUCACUCACUAGUCCCCGGGAGCUCGCAAAAACUCGCUUCGUGGAAGUAAUGCUGGCUGUUUGAUGAAGCGUCUGGCAAACUCGGUUACUUUCGAACCACCGUGGAUUUACCCCCACCGAGCGCGGACGUACAGUUGUGCUUUGCCCACAAGAAGGAUAUCGCCUCGUAAAGUUUUCGGGAAAACAUGGAGACUGUGAGUCGGCAAAGCUUCCAGCCUCAUCCGGGACUGCAACAAACCCUGAAGCAGUUCCACCUCAGCUCCAUGAGCUCUCUGGGCGGCCCGGCGGCUUUCUCUGCGCGCUGGCAGCAUGAGUUGCUCUUUAAGAAGGACGGGAAGGAGCCGGAGCCGGUGCUCCAGCACCUCCCGCCGCCGGUAAUGCCCGGUCCCCUCUUCAUUCCGUCGGACCGCUCCACGGAGCGCUGUGAGACCGUGCUGGAGGGAGAGACAAUUUCGUGCUUUGUGGUCGGCGGAGAAAAGCGCCUGUGCCUCCCGCAGAUUCUGAACACGGUGCUACGGGACUUCAGUCUGCAGCAGAUCAACGCCGUGUGCGAUGAGCUGCACAUCUACUGCUCCCGGUGCACCGCGGAGCAGCUGGAGAUCCUCAAAGUCAUGGGAAUCCUGCCCUUCUCCGCACCGUCCUGCGGCCUCAUCACCAAAACGGACUCGGAGCGCCUGUGUAACGCCCUCAUCUACGGAGGCACCUACCCGCCCCGGUGCAAGAAGGAGCUGAGCGGCUCCUUGGAGCUGGAGCUCACGGAGAAGAGCUUCAAGGUAUACCACGAGUGCUUCGGCAAGUGCCGGGGCCUCUUCGUGCCCGAGCUGUACAGCAGCCCCGGCGCAGCGUGCAUCCAGUGCAUGGACUGCAGACUCAUGUACCCCACGCACAAGUUCGUGGUGCACAGCCACAAAGCGCAGGAGAACAGAACUUGCCACUGGGGCUUUGACUCGGCCAACUGGAGGGCCUACGUCCUCCUGGGGCAGGACUACACGGCCAAGGAGGAGAAGGCCCGCCUGGAGCAGCGACUGGACGAGCUCAAAGAGAAGUUUGACUUCACCAACAAGUACAAGAGGAAGCUCUGCUCCAGGAUGCCAGAUGCCAUCCCUCUGAAGAAGCCCAAACAUGAAGACGCAUGCCCCCCCUCCCCUGUGCCGGAGAAGCCCAAGCCCCAGGCCGUUCUGCAGGCCCUGUCCCAGAAGGGAGUGAACUGCCUCCAGCCCCGACAGCGGCCGUCAGCGUUCAGACCCUGGUCUCCUCACGUCUCUGCUGGGGAGAAGGAGCCGGCCAGCCACCCUUUAGCCCUGCUGCGGGACAGCUUCUACAACUACAAGAGCCUAGAGAGCGCUGUGGCCCCCAAUGUGGCCCUCACCCCUCUGCACCUGGGGAAGAUGGGUCCCAUGUCGCCCUCAGUCCCCAGUACAUCCCACCCCAGUGGAGGUGAGGCUCCCGGGGAGAGUGCCAACAGCAGCUGUCGGUCCCGGAAGAGGAGAGCCACGGGAGACAAGGGGCCCCCAGCCAGCGAGGGCCCCACACCCACUGUACCCACUGCACCCACUGCACCCACUGCACCCACUGCCCCCACUGCACUACCUGUCUGUAAAGCCCCUGCACUAGCACCUCCAGACGACAAAGACUCAGAGGUGGAGAUUGAAGUUGAAAGUCGUGACGAGUUCACUUCGUCCCUGUCCUCUCUGUCUUCUCCGUCCUUCACCUCAUCCAGCAGCUCAGCCAAGGACCUGAGCUCUCCGGGCUCCCAGGGGCCCGUCAGUUCAGCGUUCGCUUCAGAGAGCCAAGCAGCCCCUCCUUCUGCCACCCCAGCCGCACCCACAUCCACUCCGGCUCCGGCCCCAGAGUGUGGCCUAGAGUCGGACUUGGAGAGCCUGAGGCAGGCCCUGGACUGUGGGCUGGACUCUAAAGAGGCCAAGGAGAAGUUCCUCCAUGAGAUUGUCAAGAUGAGAGUGAAGCAGGAGGAGAAGCUGGGCUCCGCGCUGCAGGCAAAACGCAGCCUCCAGCAGGAGCUGGAGUUUUUGCGAGUGGCUAAGAAGGAGAAGCUGCGCGAGGCAACGGAGGCCAAGAGGAGCCUGAGGAAAGAGAUGGAGCGUCUGAGAGCAGAGAGCGAGCGCAAGAUGAAGGACGCCAACGAGGCCCGACUCCGCCUCAAGAGGGAGCUAGAGCAGGCCCGGCAGCUGCGCGUAUGUGACAAGGGCUGUGAGGCUGGACGACUGCGUGCAAAGUACUCUGCUCAGAUUGAAGACCUUCAGAUGAAGCUCCAACACGCUGAGGCCGACCGUGAACAGCUUCGCUCAGACCUGCUUCAGGAGCGGGAGGCCCGGGAGCACCUGGAGAAAGUGGUCAAGGAGCUCCAGCAACAGCUCUGGCCCAAGUCCUCCAGUGCAACCAGCUGUAAGGAGGAGGCAUCAGAGGACACACCGCUAGAUGUGUAGAAAAUCUCCAGAACUUCACUAUAGCGCCACCUACACACUCCAACACGGCUCCUCCAGCAAGCACGGGCACCCAACCAAACUUUGUCCAAGAGGUGUUCCAACGCUCCACCCAAUCCCCUUUUUUACUCAUCCUGCACCAAGUUCUUCACUGUGACCAUAGAGAAGAUGGCGAAAUGAUAAGCUAUUCAGAUAUCAACAGUGAAGGUGAUUGGAGCAAAGCCUCAGGAGCUGGUUCGUGGACGAUCAAAGUGAGCAUAGUGAACAAAUGUGGGCCCCUGGACAUGUUUGGGCCCCUGGGGCAGUCUGGGCCCCUGAAGAGGACUGGUCUCAUGGAGGUGGUCAAUAGCACUUGAGAAGAACCGUGCCGAGCUGGACCAGGUCUAGUCCAUUUAGCACUGAACCUUGCUUUGGCCCUCAGGGCUACUACCACAUUUUGAGUUAAAUUAAUGUAAAUAUUUGUGUUGUUUUUUUUUUUUUUUUUACUCAUAAAGUGAAUGGCACUUUGACUCAUUGGAAAGCAGACAGAGAUGUCAUAUUCUCAGCGGUCAUCCAUAGACACCUGUAACCUUUGAUUAUCGCAGACUAUUGUAAAUACGAGGACAGUUGGGGCUCUCCUGUGGGGGCGUGAGGCGCUCGGUGGGGGUCCUGUUUGCACCACGCCAUCAGCUCCUCCUCAUCCAGGCACUUAUGAGUCAAACAUCAGUCUAUGUACAUGCAAAUGAUACUGUGCAGUGACGUCACGCUUGGGGGUUCUACAUGUACUUCUAUGGUGGAAUGUUCAUCAGUUACCAUGAUGCACAAUUAGCAAACCAUGCCAGCAAGGUGUUCAGGUUUCACAACAGGGAAUGUCGGUGAUAUCAACUGCAAAGUAUCAGUAGUUUACGAUGGCUAUGCAGAAUCAACUGGAACUGUGUUUUGGGACACUUAAAGCCAGUGGUGGCAAGACAAAUGUAACUGCCAUUCUAUUUACUACCACAUUCAUGUUUAGGUGAGUGAAAUGUCUGCACAAAGUGCAUAUGACAUGUUUUUCUAAUUACUACUUGGUUAGGUGGCAAUAGUACCUGUGGGAAAUAUUUAUCAUAAUUUUACAAGUGGCAGUUUCUGGGAAAAAAGUUGAGAAGAAAAGUACAAAAAUACAAAAGGUAGGGCUGAGUUCUAAAGCAGAAUACCCCUGCCCAUUCCAUCAACACAGGAAAUUCCAUCCAAAAUGCAGGGCAAUUUACAUACAAAGAAUGCAUUUUUCUUACCAUUUAAACCUUAAUUUAAUAAAAUGAGCAGGUUUGACAAAACAACAACAUUUAUUUGUCUUAGUCUCAUCGUAACUAUUGUGUAAUUUAGAGAAGUGUUGGCCUUUCUUAACAUUAAUAUUGCGCAAAACGUAAUAUCUUAAAUAUAAUUAUGUUAACUAUAUUCAGUGUUGGGAAGGUGACUUUUUAAAAUGUAAUCCCCUACAGAUUACAGAUUACAUACCCCAAAAUGUAGUUUGUAACGUAAUCCAUUAAAUUACUUAAAAUGAGUAAUGUAAUCGGAAUACUUUGGAUUACUUGAUUUGCUGUAGAGAAGCAAAGACGAGGAAAUCUUCAAAUAAGAUGUUUUGUCUGCUAAAAGAAAAUGAAAAGGCAGAGUCUUUACUUAACCGUAUUAAAAAUCUUAUUGAUAGAAGAGGAGGAGACACGGUCUGAGCAGCAUGGUCCUGUUAAAUCCUGUUUUAGACCUGGUUUAGUCCUAGUUUAGACCUAGUUUAGACCUGGUUUAGUGUCUGGCAAUGAGUGGACUUACCGAGGAAAAAAAAAAAAAGGGAUAUAGCCCAAAUAUGAAAACAGGAAAAUUCCCCCAUGUAAUCCAUUUAUUUUAACAAAGUAACUGUAAUCCAAUUACCACUCAUGGAAACAGUAACUGUAACCGAAUACAGUUAUUCAUAAUUUGUACUCUGAUUAUGUAACUCCAGUACAAGUAAUCUGUUACUCCCCAACACUGACUAUAUUUGAGUAAAAUGAGUACUUGUGACUGUCAUGUGCACUUUACUAGCUGGUCAAAAGUAGAAUUGAACUGCCAAUUUGGCUAGAUCCAGGUUAGCAUAACAUUUUGCUGCUUGUCUGACUUUUUGGAUUGUACUUUGUUUUGGUGAAGCAAAAGGAGGAGUACCUGAUGGAGGUGUUAACGGGACCCUGGUGGCUGUAGGGGGCGCUCUCCCUCGUUGGCGGGUACAUGCAAUUCGAAUGUACAUGACUGUCUUUCCUUUGGUGUUGUGUUAGCGUGGACAUGUUUGAUGUCUGUUCUUUUUCCAAUAGCAUUGUUUCUUUUGCAUGAGUUUUGCCAUACACGUAUAUAUUCAGAUAUUGGGCAUUGAUACUUGUACUUGUAGAGGUUAUAUUAAUAUGCAAUAUGAAUAAACAAUCAGAUCAAAAGUCAAACAUCAAAUGCUGGACAACCUCAAGUGCCUGUGGGCCGAAGGUGUCCAGGACAGAUUUGAGAGUGCUUUAUUUGAAAUAUGCAUGCGUGACCUUUUCUAAUCCCAUCGCUCAAAUUGGUACCAAACUUUUUAUAUUUGUUUUUACACUUUACAAAAAAAUCUCUCACGUUUUCUACAAAAAAGGAGACAAAAUGUUUUCUAAAAGGACAAUUAUGAAGCAAUAACAGUCCAUCUGAAUACAGAAACUAGCCAGUGUGAAGAAUUACAUUUGUAAAUAUGUUUUUUCAACUGGAUAAUGUGUAAGAUAUGUACAUGCUCUUUACUUUUUCAAACAAAUUCUUACUUUACUAUAGCUGUCUCUUUUUGAUGAUGUAACAGUUGAUGCAGUGAGACAUGCCACUGGACUUCACGGGGAGUCUGUGGAGGGAUGUCUCUUCCCCUGUCCCCUAUCCUGUCUCCACCUGUUAUCACGUCCCGUCGUCUUAAUGUCCACUUUUCCAUAUGUCCCUGUCCCUGUUGUCCCCUUACCCAUGUCCCUCUGCCUCUUAGAGCCUAUGUACUUGACUCUAUAUUCAGUUGUCCUCAUGGCUCAAUGUCCAUUUUUUCCAUAUGUUGAAAUUCACUAUGUCCAUUAGUCUUUUUCCCCAUACAUUCCUGUCCCUUACUGGGGGCUCUGUCUCUCUAAAUUCAAUUGUCCCUCUGUCCCCAUGUCUACUGGUCCUUAUGUCCUCAUCAUCUCAAUGUUCCCUUUUUUCCUAUGUUCAAAUUCAGUAUGUGCAUUUGUCUUAUUUCCCUAUAUGUUCCUGUCCCCUUUUCCAUGUAAGGGAUUUCCCAUUGAUCCAUCGUUCAGUUGUCUCCAUGUCUCAAUGUCCACCUUUUCCUUUGGUCACUGAUGAUUCUUUCCCCCAUAUGUCCCUUAUUAAUGUCCCUCUGCCAUGUCCCUGUAUACACUUUAAACCAGGGGUCUCCAACCUUUUUUUCUCCAGUGAGCUAACUGUACAAAUCAAAAAUGCCAGAGAGCUGCCAGUUUCAGCUGUCGCAAAGAAACUGAGUAAAUAUAAGAGCCACGACAAGCCUUAGAUGGGCAACAGUUAGAUGCUUAUAAAACAUAAACCACUGUCCAUUUAUCGGUGCACAAAUUUAGGCAUGAAAAUGAUACAUUUACAAUAGUAAUUGAUCAAAUUUUACUUAUUAUCCACAAUAUAUAGAAUUCAGAAAUCCCUUGGCGAGCUACAGGUUGGAGACCCCUGCUUCAAACCAACUCCAAUUGUCCCUCUGUUUUCCUGUCCACUUGUGCCUGUGUACACCAACCAUAUGUCCUAUAGACCCUCUGUCCCCAUGUCCCCAAAUCCCCCUCUUGUCCCCCCUCCCCAUGUCCUUCAUUUGCUCCACCCCAGGUCCCUAUAGGUCCCCACUACUCUAGUCCCUCUAGUCCCUCUUUUCUCAUGUUCUCCUGUGACAUUACCCUCUGUCCUCCUGUACCUAUGUCCCAAAGGCCAUUUGUUUGUAUGUAUGUCCAUAUUCCCUCUAUAUGACCUGGUCCCAUGUCCUUUUGUCCCUCCCUCUAUCCUCAUCCUUAGAGUAAAAAGCUUGGGCAAUCUAAUGAUAUCAAACGGAAUCUUUUUGUGAACCUGGGACAAUCUAUGGACACACCCACCUCCUCCACGCUCUGAGUGAGUGGCAGGUGCUUUCAGCCAAUCAGAGUGAAGUGUGAACUCUCAGUGGAAACAGAUUUACAAAUCAAAACUGUAAUAACAUGUUUGACAUAUCGCCCAUGCCUACUCCACAAACUAUAGAAAGUCUAUAUCACAAUUAUUAACCAUACAAUAUACCACAGCUUGGCUCUGCACCCCACCCCCUCUCCCGACCCCUCCCCAGCGACACAGGCCCCUCCCCCCAGCGACACAGCCUCCAUUGUAAAGAACUUGAGAUUAUGUUCAAAAAUAGCCGUGCUCAUAUUCAACAAUGACUGAAUGUACAGUGUAUAGAAGCAUAUGCAGAAAUAAAUUGUUUUGUCCAGAUUGUUGACCCAUUUGUGCUGUUUUUUAUC